AUGAAGGUCACCAUCAAGAAGUGGAAUUCCGUCGCUACCUGGCGCUGGGACUUACCGGAAGACGAUGUUUGUGGUAUCUGUCAGGUCCACUUUGAUGGGACGUGUCCGACUUGUAAAUAUCCAGGUGAUGACUGCAGCUUGUAUUUUGAGUGGAAUGGGCAAGUGAAAGAGACGGUCGCGCAAGCCGAGUAA